GUCCUCCUGGGGGUCACGGGGUUGCUCGGCUUGCCGCCCUCGGCGGUUGCAGUCAUCGUCUUGCGAGCCUGCGGCGGUCGCCCAUGGAGAAAAACGGGCGCGGCGGCGAUAGCGCCCCCCGUGGGCCCGUACUGCACAUCGCGGUGGUCGGCUUUCAUCACAAGAAGGGCUGCCAGGUUGAAUUCUCUUACCCGCCCCUGAUUCCAGGAGAUGGACAUGACAGUCACACUCUACCUGAAGAAUGGAAGUAUUUGCCCUUCCUUGCCUUACCAGAUGGCGCACACAACUACCAAGAAGAUACUGUGUUUUUUCACUUGCCACCCAGAAAUGGAAAUGGAGCCACUGUAUAUGGUAUCUCUUGCUAUCGACAAAUUGAAGCCAAGGCAUUGAAGGUACGGCAAGCAGAUAUCACCAGAGAGACCGUUCAGAAAAGUGUCUGUGUUCUAAGCAAGCUGCCUCUCUAUGGCUUACUGCAAGCAAAACUUCAACUCAUUACGCAUGCAUAUUUUGAAGAGAAGGAUUUUUCCCAAAUUUCCAUUCUAAAGGAGCUCUAUGAACAUAUGAAUAGUUCCCUGGGAGGAACUUCAUUAGAAGGAUCCCAGGUAUAUCUUGGUUUAUCUCCUCGAGAUCUUGUGCUUCAUUUUCGACACAAGGUCCUAAUCCUGUUUAAACUAAUUCUUCUUGAAAAGAAGGUUCUCUUUUAUAUUUCUCCAGUGAAUAAAUUGGUGGGUGCCCUGAUGACAGUGUUAUCCCUUUUUCCAGGCAUGAUUGAACAUGGUCUCAGUGAUAGUUCUCAAUAUAGACCCCGAAAGAGUAUGUCUGAAGAUGUUGGGCUUCAAGAAAGUCAUCCCACUGAAGAUGAGUUUGUUUCUAUGCCUGCUCCUGACAUUUCUAAUACCAAUUUGGAAACUGUUGAGAAAAUCAUGAUGAGAAACCAUGGAAGAGAUGCUGCCAUGAAGACUGAAGAGCCUUUUUUCCAGGUAGAUGAUGACAGCAGUGAAGGACAGGAACCCAAUGACAGCAAUCAAUAUUUGAAACCUCCUUCUCGCCCAUCUCCAGAGUCUUCAGAAAGUGACUGGGAGACCUUGGAUCCUAGUGUCUUAGAGGACUCCUCCUUGAAAGAAAGAGAACAGGUGGGAUCAGAACAGACAAACUCAUUUCCAAAGGACUCUUUGCCCUCAGACAGUCCUCCGAUUACUGUACAACCUCAAGCUAACACAGGCCAGGUAGUCCUGAUACCAGGGAUAAUUUCUGGUUUGGAAGAGGACCAGUAUGGCAUGCCCCUGGCCAUCUUCACAAAGGGAUAUCUGUGUUUGCCUUAUAUGGCAUUGCAGCAGCACCAUCUUCUCUCUGAUGUCACCAUUCGAGGAUUUGUUGCUGGAGCUACUAACAUCCUUUUUCGACAACAGAAACACCUCAGUGAUGCCAUUGUGGAAGUAGAAGAAGCUCUGAUCCAGAUCCAUGAUCCAGAACUCAGGAAGCUGCUUAACCCAACCACUGCAGACCUAAGGUUCGCAGAUUACCUAGUGAGGCAUGUGACCGAGAACCGAGAUGAUGUCUUCCUGGAUGGCACGGGCUGGGAGGGAGGUGACGAAUGGAUUCGAGCCCAGUUUGCAGUCUACAUCCAUGCACUGCUGGCCGCCACACUGCAGUUAGAUAAUGAAAAGAUCUUAUCAGACUAUGGGACGACCUUUGUUACAGCAUGGAAGAACACUCACAACUACAGGGUCUGGAACAGCAACAAGCAUCCAGCACUUGCAGAAAUAAAUCCAAACCAUCCUUUCCAAGGCCAGUAUUCAGUGUCAGACAUGAAGUUAAGAUUCUCACAUUCUGUUCAAAACAGUGAACGUGGCAAAAAACUUGGAAACGUCAUGGUCACAACGAGUCGGAAUGUUGUGCAAACAGGAAAAGCUGUUGGCCAGUCAGUUGGAGGAGCUUUUUCCAGUGCAAAGACAGCCAUGUCUUCAUGGCUUUCUACUUUCACCAGUUCCACUCCACAGAGUCUCACUGAGCUGCCUGACGGGAAACCCUGAGCGGAGCAAGCCACCCAGAAGCUGCUGUCGCUUUCUUAGGUUUAAGCGUCCCCUGUCUGUCUGCUGCUCCCAGACUGUUCCUCUUCAUCGACCACAGGUCCACAGCAGGGACCAAUAGGUCGAACUGUUUACAGGGACGGUUGCCCUCUGUGUAAAUGAAUGUCACGGGAUGCUGAAAAGACGAAACCACAAGCGUAGCAGGGACGGCUUCCCAGGUUGGGGUUUAAAUUGACUACUUUUAUUUCAGUCUGAGCCUGAUUGAAACACAGUGAACGUUCUAAUGAAUUCUGAGUUCUGAUAUUAUACAUUUGUUUACUUUAGAAAAGUUUUUACUUGGUGUAACUUUUGUUCUGUUGUUGCUGUUUGAAUAUCCAGAUGGCUAUUUAUAUGUGCUAAGAUUAAGUUAUAUUACUAUUUUAAUUUCUCUAAAGUGGGGCCUAAAAUGUGCUUACAUUUAAC